AUGGCCACUAACGGAGAGAGGAGAAGCGUGAUGGCUGGUCGACAAGGCAUGAUCAGUCAAGUGAGGAAUGCUAUAAAGAUUUUAAAUUUAUGGAGUUACAUUGGUAUCACUCUGGACUUCAGGUGGAUCGAACCAGCCACAACAGCAGAACAGGACCAGCGCGCAGCGGAAACUAUAAGACAGUUUACCUUCGGCUGGUUCGCGCACCCGAUCUUCUCGAAAAGCGGCGACUACCCGCGUAUCAUGCGCUCGCGCAUCGAUGCCAUUUCGAAACUGCAACAUUUCCCGCGUUCACGAUUACCAUCAUUCACGAAAGAUGAGGUAGAAAUGAUCAAAGGAUCAGCUGACUUUCUGGGUCUCAACCACUAUACAACCUCUUUAGCAUCCUUCAAGGAGAGCAAAGUAACCCCACAGCCGUCUUUUAGUGAAGACAUGGGCGGUGUUCUAAAGCAGAAAUCAGACUGGCCUAAAUCUAAUUCUACCUGGUUACGAGUUGUACCAUGGGGUUUUCGAAAAGCCCUAAACUGGGUGAAAGACGCGUAUAACAAUCCCUUAGUGAUCGUUACGGAAAACGGGAUUUCUUUAGAAGCGUUGAAGACGCUUGAAUUACAUCGAUGGCUACCUCAAAGCCUUGCAAGUAGCAAUAGUGAAGGACAAAUGUAA